AUGGCGGCACUUGCAAAGAAGUGCAAGAUCAUUGAGGAUCUAACAAAGUUUCUGAAGGAACGUGGAGGUAGUGUCAUGUCUGGUGAUGUGGGUAACUUCUUGAUCAAGCACAAAGAACAUCGCGAGAUGCUGCCGGACCUGCGGAUGUUCUGCGAGAAGCACCCGCAACACCUUAUCAUAUCGAAGCCUAAAUCGGGUCCCUGGAAGCUUUCCUUGAACAAGACUGAAAAUGAAGCUGUGCAGAAGCUGGCGGAAUUUAUUUCUUCACGAGGCGGCUUGCUGCGGUCACACGAUUUUCCAGACUUCAAGGGCCAGUAUCCCGCCCUUGCGAAGGUCAUUUACUCAGGCGGACGCACUUUGCGGGAGUUUUGCCAGCUCCACCAGAACACGUUCGUAGUGGAGGCGAGCGAUGCGGACCCGAGUGUCUGUAUCCGCCUGAUGUCCCAGUCGUCGAAACAAGACAAGGAGACGGUCCAAGCACUGGUAAAGCUGCUGAAGGAGUCCGGUGGCUCCAUAGAGUCUGCCAAGCUGAAGGACUUCCGAAAAGAGGUGCCGAACCUUCGGGCAUUUUGUGAGCAGCACCCGAAGCGUUUUGCAAUUUCACCGGCUAUCGGUGGUGGCUGGCAGCUGCUGCUGGCCCCAACUGAGAAAGAGGCUGCACAGAGGUUGGCCAAGUUUAUCGCAUCUCAGAGCAACUCUGAGAUCAAUGCUAGCAGUUUUGGAGACUUCAAGAAGCUGGAUCCGGCCGCGGCCCAUGUCAUCCGCUUAGAUGACCAGAAGCUGGGCGAGUUCUGUGAGAAGCACGCGACUACUUUCGUCGUGAAGAUUACCGGAACCGGGCUUUUGAUUCGCUUGCACUCCACAGCUCCGAAAGCGUCGGAUGCGAAAGACAAGAAAGUUCUUGCAGAUUUGGGCAAGUUUGUCAAGGAUGCAGGUAACAUGAUCUCGACCGAGCACCUGACCGAAUUUUGCGCAAGCCAUCCAGAGCACAAGGCUUUGCUCGCGAAUCCAGGUCCAUUCUGUGCGAUUCACAAGGACCACUUCGUUCUUUUGAGAAACGGCCCAGGGUGGAAUCUUAUGUCGACUUCCUUCGAAAAGAACUUUGUGAUGAAGGUCGUGGACUUCAUUCGAGAAAAUGGUGAUUUGACAUCUGUACCUGGAGACGGAGUGGCGCAGUUCAUACAACACAAUCCAAAAUUUGCGAGAGUGCUGAACUUAGGCAGAGAAACACUGCGUCAAAUCUGCGACAGGCAUGGUGCCUGUGUUUUUGAAGAGAUAUCUUCCAUCGCAGGAUAUUGCAUCCGGCUGCAUGAUCGAAACCGAAGCGAAGCUGUUGCAGAUCUUGUCCAGUUCAUGCGUGGUCGACAUGACGCAGCUGCCAAUUUUGCGCCAAACGAAUGGAACGAAUUCUUCACUAAACACCCGCAACAUCGUGUCACGGUUGCCAAUACGCGGACCUUCUGUCAGAAGCAUUCGAAGCAUUUUCACGUCUGGGAGGGCACAGGGGGACAGUGGCGAGUCCAGCUGGCCAGUGCCAGCACUUCAAGGCACGUUGCAGCUAACCUGGCCGUGUUCAUUCAGAAGCGUGGCAAAGCCGUUCCUGUGGAGCAUCUGAGCUUAUUCUACGGGGAGAGUCCUGCAUAUCGUCAGGCCAUCUCAGAGGCCGGAGGUCUGAAGAGCUUUUGCUCAGAUCACGACAGGCUCCUGGAGUUUAAGACGACAGCGUCAGGUUCGCAAAUAGAACUUGCAUGCCACUGCUGCUACUUUUUUCGCGGUGUGUGCAGCCACGACUCGACACAUGGGAAGUAUUUGCACGUGCUUCCCUGCACAGCUGAUGCUCUGGACGAUGCUGUGUCCUGCUCCUAUGGUCCCAAGUGCAAGUUCGGCCACUGGGAGAAGGUGAUGCAGCAGGCUGCGAUAGAGCAAGACCGUGGCAGUACUAGCAGCUCCGUCACAUCGCCCGCAGGCCAGGAGGCAUCAGCCAAGCCAAAGCCGAUACAGGCAACCAAGCUUGCGGUGAGCACCGGCACAGCAGGCACGGCAAGCGCGGAACGCAGCGGACAAGACCCGUGGGCCGACGGCUUGGACCCCUGGAGCGAGAGUCUUCCAACUUUAUCGCUUACACAGCCUGGCGGGCUGGGCCCGUCGGAGGAAAAGCCGGUGCCCGGUUCGGAAGCCGCAGGAGCAAGCAAUCAGCAGGCAUCGCCUCGUCAAGACCCCUGGUCCGAUGGGCAAGAUCCUUGGAGCAGCAGUCUUACAAAGCCUUAUUUGGCACCUGCAGCUGAUCUUGCUGCAGGACUGCCAGCCCAUGAGCACGAACGAAAGACGGAGCAGCAUGUCACCACGCGCAUCGAUGCCAAGUACACUGAUGCUCCUUUGCCUGCGCAGGAGCAACCAGACCGCCAGCUGGAGAAUGAAGGAUUGAGUAAUGACCCUUGGGCGAAUGGGCAGGACCCUUGGAGCAGGAGCCUUCCAGGUCUCGUCCAGCCAGCUCCAGGCCCCGCAGAGGCUAAAGCGGGUUCCCACACAGAGCAGCCGGAAGGAACGGUGGAAAGUGCAGUGGCUGUACACGGAAAAGAAGGGCCCAGGCCGGAUCCAUGGGCUGAAGGGCGAGAUCCUUGGAGCAGAAGCCUUGCCGUCGAGUGUCGGAAUGGCUCUUCAGAUGCGGAUCCGGCGUCUACGACACAUGCUGAGUGUGCUGCACCAUCUCAGCACAGCCCAUUGUCAGCCGAUGAGCAUGGUGAACCGCCACUUCCGCACGGUGAAGCAAGAGCCUUGCAAUCAAACGGUAGCUGCAAGCUCACGGAGAUGCGUGCUUCUCGGGAUUCGUGGUGCAUGGAAGACGUGGAUGACUUGCCGGCAGCUCCAGCUGUCAGCACAUCGCCUCUGCUACUGUUGCCCUGUGCAAACGGGAGGAUGGAGCUGGAGGGGCAGAGCUUUCCGGAAGAUCGCUGGAGCAGAUGCCUGCCAGCAUCUCGCAUGGACUCACCGAAAUCCUGUGACGAGGGCAGCGGCCCUCCGCAGACAACCCGUGGAGGCGAAGAGAGGCAUGCGAGUGAAGAGGGCAUCCUUGCCGAGCACGGAAAAGGCAGCUGGGUAGAGCAAGCACGGGCUCAGCGCGAUUUGCUCGAGACAGUGGUGGACGGUGUCGACAAGGAGCCGCAGCAAGUCGAAGAGCAGCGCUGCGUGUGCGAGCUUGAGAGCUUGCUGUCCAAGCUGCCAGAGAAGCUCUUCACCACCAUGAGCGCACCUCAGAUCGCUGAGGUCCUGCACCAGGCCAAGGUUCAACGCCUCGUUUUGCAACGAGGCCGGCCGCUGCAGGCAGCUCUUUGUUCCGGAUGGCUCCCAGCACACGAGCUUCCAGGAGCCACAUUCACGUCGCAAGACUUGGCGGAUGUGGCCUGCCAAGUCACUGCGGCAGAGAGCCCCUGGCGUUCCGGCAUCUUCCGCAUACCCGGAUGCUUGCAUCGGGCGAGCUUCGUCUAUCGGGGACAAGAGCUGGAUGCUGUGAACCUCCACGUGUCGCGCCUGCUUCCAGGCCUUAGCAAUGCCGUUGCUCCGCAGCUCUCCUCCGGAUCCCUGCUCUUCUUGGGCCCCGCCACCUCUGGGAAGACCAGCAGCCUGAGAGAAGCAGCCGCCAGCCUGGCCCACACCUACCAGGUCGUGAUUUUGGACUUCCACGAGGAGCUCCACUCCGGCGACUUUGACUGCGUCAGAUCCCUGGUGCCCUUGGACUCGGAUGCGGUGGCAGCGGUGGACCGGGCCAUCGCGGAGCAGAGCCCCGAGGUGAUUGCUGCCGAGUUUGCGGAUGUGGCAGCCGCGCUUCAGAGUGCACAGUUGUGCUCUGAAGCCGGCGUGCGGCUGCUGUGCACCCUGCGGGGAACCGUUGGUGGGCUGACCGCUGCCUUCGCUCGAUCCAGCGUGCCAGGGAGUGGCACCUUCCCUUUCGACACUGUCGUGGUGCUCCGUCGUCAGCUGGAUACCUGGCACGUCUAUGCCAAAUCGGGUGCCAGCGGUUCCCUGGGCUCUCCGCCCAGCUCCGCAGCGCAACACAGUGACUCCUGCGCUUUCCUGCGGCAGCCGAGAGCGGUGCUGCGACUGAAAAUCUUGGGAAGUCCUGAGGGCCCAAGCAGCCCCGGAAGUGAAGGCCGCAUGUCGGCAACGCCUUCUGUGCACACCCUCGUCUCGGAACCGGAAGAGCACGGCCAAAUCUAG